AUGUUGCAGCCGAACAUCCUGCUCACCAGUACACCAGGGGUUGGAAAAACUACACUAGGCAAAGAACAUGCAUCAAGAUCAGGACUGAAAUACAUUAAUGUGGGUGAUUUACCUAAAGAAGGGCAACUAUAUGAUGGCUAUGAUGAAGAGUAUGAUUGUCCCAUUUUAGAUGAAGAUAGAGUAGUUGAUGAGUUAGAAAACCAGAUGAAAGAAGGUGGAGUUAUUGUUGAUUACCAUGGUUGUGAUUUCUUCACUGAACGCUGGUUUCAUAUAGUUUUUCUGCUGAGAGCGGAUAACAGUGUAUUGUACAAAAGACUUGAAACAAGAGGUUAUAGUGAGAAGAAACUACAAGAUAAUUCUCAGUGUGAAAUUUUUCAAGUUCUUUAUGAAGAAGCCAUGGCAUCUUACAGAGAAGAAAUAGUGCAUCAGUUGCCAAGUAAUAAUCCGGAAGAACUAGAGAAUAAUAUAAAUCAUAUAUUGAAAUGGAUUUAACAAUGAAUCAAAGAUAAUAGCUCUUGACUUAGAAGACAGGCCACAUUUCAAUCACUCUUGUUGAUAUUUCUCUGCCCACAUCAUAGAAAUUGUCCAAGUGUCAGUAAACCUCUGUAUUAAAAUUGUGUUGCAAGAAUAGCAGGUAGACAGUAUGAAAGUUUAUUCCUGGGCUUUUUUUCCUCCAUGAGAAAGCUAAACAAAUCUCAUGUAUAAUGACUACAGCACU